AUGUUGAUUUCGAUGUUUUUAAUUGCAUUUUUAAUGAAUAUUCAGAAUAUUGCAAAUGCAGCAAAUAUUUUGGUAUUAGCAAAUGUCCCUUCACCCAGUAUGUCUUUGUGGCAUACAGUUCUAGUAAAUGCUUUGGGUACUAGAGGUCAUAAUUUAACAGUUUUAAUAUGUGAUUUACCAAAAAAUCCAAAUAAUGUGCAUGAAAAUGUACGUUUUAUAGAUAUGAGCGAUAUGCACAAAUACUUAAUGAAUGAAGCUGAAGUUGAGGAAUUUAUUGAUGCUAAUGCAUUUAAGGCAAUGUAUAGUUUUUGCUCAUACAAUAUAUUAACUUGCCAAGCGACUCUAAAAUCAAAAGGAUUUUCUUUAUUUAUGGAAAAGUAUAAAAAUGAAAAAUUUGACUUAAUAUUAUACGAUUAUACUUUUGGUCCAUGUUUACUUGGAUUAGUUCACAAAUAUGAUUAUCCGCCAUUAAUAAGCAUAUCAACAUUUCCCUACGUACCAUUAGCAACAAAAUUUACUGGAGGGCAUUUUUAUCCUUCUUACAUAAGUUAUCAUAGUGCUUCCUUAAAACCUCAAAAUAACUUUUUCGAUAGAAUGUAUAAUCACAUUUUGUAUGUUGUCGAAGAAUUAUACAGAUACUAUUCAAUGAAUCCAGCGGUAUUUCCCGCUGAUACUCCAUAUUUGGCUGAUUUAGAGAAGUUAACAACAAUUGCACUUAUUGGAACACAUCCAGCAAUAACAAAAGCUCAGCCAUUACCACGGAACAUCAUUGAAGUUGGUGGCCUCAAUAUAGUUGACUCACAACCAUUGCCAAAGGAGCUAGAUAGUUUUAUAAAUUCAUCAAAAAAGGGUGCUAUUUUCUUUUCACUAGGAACUAAUGUCCAACCAAAAUAUGUGAAAUCGGAAAUAAUUGAAAAUAUUUUAAAAGUAAUGGAAAAACUUCCAGAAUAUAAUUUCAUGUGGAAAUUCGAUGUUAAUCUAAUUAAAAUGAAAAUUCCAAAGAACGUUUUGGUUCAAACGCUUUUCCCUCAGCGAGAUAUAUUAGCCACACAUGCUGGUGGAUUAAGUACUCAGGAAGCAAUGUGGUUUGGUGUUCCAAUGAUUACAAUACCAGUAUUUGUUGAUCAGUUCAGAAAUAGUCAUAAAGUCGUCGCAGACGGUAAUGCAAUUGAAGUUAGCUUUUUGAAAUUUACUGGAGAGGCUUUUUAUAAUGCUCUUAAUGAAAUUUUACAUAAUCCAAAAUAUAUAAAUAAUAUCAAAAAGCAAUCAGAAAUAUUCAGAGACAGACCAAUGAGACCAUUAGAUACAGCGAUUUGGUGGAUUGAAUAUGUUUUGAGACAUCCCAAUCCAACACAUUUAAAAGUACCAACUUUAGAAUUAGGAUAUUUUAUUGCAAAUUCUUAUGAAUUCGCUUUAAUUCACUUGAAAUUAUCAGACAAGUACUUGAAAUUUAAGUUAUCUACUUCAUCAAAAGGUUCUGAGUGA